UCCAUACCAAACCCCCUCUAAAAUGAAACGGAUGGAGUAAUAGGUCUCCUCAUCUCUUCUGAACUUCCCCCUGUCUUCGGCCUGAGCUGUAUGCGAGUAACACUCCAAAAGACGCUCACAGUGACGGUGCCGGUGCUCAACUCAUACGCAAAUUGAAUUACUUUAGAACCUCUCAUAAAUCAUACGCAUUGCAGAAGUUCGUUCCAGGUUUCUGAAGGGGGGAGAUGGAUUCAGUAGUUUCUGAGAAAAAGCCAUUGGGAAAUGGGGAUUGUUCUUUACUGAUGUCUCUGCCAAGAUAUAAGAAAUGUAAAAUCUUGGCUAUUCGUGAUUUUCCCGAUGGGUGUGGCCCACAUGCUGCUUGGAUUAGCGAUCAGAUGAAAGAAGUGGAAAGUGGUGGGCAAAAAGAGGGUGGUGAUUUGGAAUAUAUGGAGAGUAGCAGGGAUAAGCGUAGAGAUCUUUGUGAAGUCGCGAAGAGAAUAUUUCUAGAAGAAAUUGUCGAGUCACAAAAUCCCCAUAUCCCCGUGUAUCCAAAUGGUGUUAAUUUCGGUAGAUCUACUUCAGUGAAAAAUGACAUGGUGAAGCGUGAAAAUGAAGAGUUUCUGAAUCUGCCAGUUGAGAAUCCUGAAUUAUCUGAAUCCUUAUUGACCAUGGAUGAGGAACUGGAACCAAAAGAAAGAAUCCAAGGUACAUCAGAAGAUGUAACAGAAAAGAGGGUAAAGUCACCUAGUUCGCAGAAGAAUACUAGCGUUCUUGAUCUCAAAGAGGCUGCACAGGCUAGUGAUAACAAAAUGGUGGAUGAGGGAACUAGUGGGAAGUCGUGUUUACUACCACAUUAUCCGAUCCCUCCAUACCUUGUUUGGAAGGAACAUAAAUAUCACCCUCCAAAAAGAGUUUCUGCUGUUCGUGAUUUCCCUGUUGGUUGUGGGCAUAAUGUACCAAGGCUUGGUGAUGUAGAGGGUAAAGAUACUGCUCAAGGGGAGGAAGAUUCCAGGAUUGACAAAGUUCUGCUGAAGGAUAUUGUAGGAGUUUGUGAAGCUGACAGUGUCUCUAAGGACAAGGUACAAGGCCUGGUUUGUGGAAAAGGCACCGAUACACAUGAUCAUUAUUCCGCAUCCGAUAAAGCUUCUUUGUUGAACAAGUCAUAUGAGAUCAGGGAACAAGAGAAAUCUUCUGAAGAUAAAAAAAGUGAACAGCAUAGAAAGGAAAUGAAACAAUUAGAAUAUAAUGGAAAACAUGAGAGAGAUUCUGGGAACUUGCUUGAUGGACUAAGCAAAGAGAUUAUGGUCUAUGUAGAGGAUAAGAGUGUGAAGAAAAAUUCAGUAGUUGUUCCCUGUAGCAAUUUUGGAUCGCAAGAAGAAAGUAUAGUGGGCAUUAGAAGUGGAAAGGAGAUGGUCAUUGUACAAGGUCUUAUGUCUGAAUUUCACUGUCCAUGGAGACAGAGGAAAGGUACUGUUAAAGCCAAAUCAACUGUAGCCACACAAGCAGUGGCUAGUGUAAGGAAAAAGAACGUGAAAAAGUGUGAAUCUUCUUGCCAAGAUAAACGUGAAUGCCUGCCUAAUAAAAGCAAAUAUGAUAUCAGUAACUCUGCAGAAAAAGGUAUGAUGAUGAUACCAUAUGUCGACAAGGACAUAGAUGAGGAUUCUAGGCCACUGGAUGCCAUAGAUGAUGAUGAUUUUUCUGAGAAUGACGAAUCUAAUGAUUAUCUGUUGCUUCGCAAAGGGUGUGUUUUUGAUGUCAGCUCUCCUCCUUUAGAGGCUAGUUCUUCAAGUGAGAGAGGUAUGCGUCGUAAGGUACGAGAGACAUUACGAUUAUUCCAGGUUAUUCAACGAAAGCUAUUGCAAGAAGAAGAAACAAAGUCAAAAAACCAAGAGAACGCCAGUAACAGGACUGAUGUACGACGAGCUCAAAUGAUCCUUAAGGAUCGUGGAAAAUAUCUCAACACAACGCCAGUAAUAGGGCCUGUCCCUGGAGUUGAAGUAGGUGAUAUAUUUAACUACCGCGUAGAACUUGCAAUUAUUGGGCUUCACACACCUAUCCUAGGUGGUAUAGCUACAACCCAGACAGGUAAAGACGCUGUUGCCGUCAGCGUUGUGGCUUCGGGAGGUUAUGAUAAUGAUGUGGACAGCUCUGAUGUAUUGAUAUAUACCGGUCAGGGAGGAAAUUCUACAAGUGGAGAUAAGCAACCUGAAGAUCAGAAGAUGAUACAAGGGAAUCUAGCAUUGAAGAACUGCAUAGAUAGAAAGACUGUGGUGAGAGUUAUUCGAGGGUUUAGAGAGCGAAAGCCUUCAGAAACUCGUAGAAGAUCAAAAACGGUUGCAACAUACACUUAUGAUGGACUGUAUACUGUUGAAAAAUACUGGCAUGAUCUUGGAUCCCAUGGGAAGUUGGUCUACAAAUUCGAGAUGAGAAGAGUUCCAGGUCAACCAGAGCUUGCUUGGAAGGAAGUGAAACAAUCAAAGAAACAUAAGGCACGUGAGGGUCGUUGUAUUGCUGAUAUUUCGGAAGGAAAAGAGGACCGCCAAAUUUGUGCAAUUAACACCAUAGAUGACGAGAAACCCGCACCAUUUAAUUAUAUUACUAGCGUAAUUUACCCUGAUUGGUGUCAGCGCAGACCUCCUAAGGGUUGUGAUUGUAAGAAUGGCUGUUCAGAUUCAGAGCAUUGUGCUUGUGCAGUGAAGAACGGAGGGGACAUUCCGUUCAAUUACAGUGGGGCUAUCGUUCAAGCAAAGCCCCUUGUAUAUGAAUGUGGCCCGUUGUGCAAGUGUCCUCCAUCUUGUCACAAUAGAGUCAGUCAACAUGGUAUUAAGCUUCCGCUUGAGGUCUUCAAGACUGACUGUAGAGGGUGGGGUGUUAGAUGUCUAUCUGCAAUUCCAUCUGGUAGCUUCAUAUGUGAAUAUAUAGGAGAGUUAUUGGAUGACAAAGAAGCCGAACAAAGAACUGGAAAUGAUGAGUAUCUAUUUGAUAUUGGGCAGAACUAUAAUGAUGUUAGUCUUUGGGAUGGACUUUCUGCUCUCUUGCCUGAAAUGACAUCAGCUACUGAUGACGUGAUAGAAAAUGUUGGUUUUACCAUCGAUGGACUGAGGUAUGGGAACAUCGGGAGGUUUAUCAAUCAUAGCUGCUCUCCUAACCUCUAUGCACAGAAUGUCCUUUACGAGCAUGAUGACGAGAGAAUUCCCAAUAUAAUGUUUUUUGCUGCAGAGAAUAUUCCUCCUCUGCAAGAGCUUACAUAUCAUUACAAUUACACUAUAGAUGAGGUUCAUGACUCUCUAGGAAAUAUCAAGAAAAAGAGCUGCCACUGUGGCUCAAUGGAGUGCACUGGUCGGUUGUAUUGAGGAACACUUUCAACUUGCCUUUUCACUGAGUGGGAAGCAACUCUAUGGAAUUUAUGCCCCUGAUUGGAGAUCCACUGCUUGAACCACCUGCUCGCGUCGGAAGUCUACCGUUGCGUCGCCUCGUCGGAGCUUCGAGUUUUCUACGUAAAUUCUUUCAGCUCGUGUUGUUUUUUUUUUCAUUUGAUCUUCUGUGUUCUUUCAGUUGGUGUGUAAAUUUUUCCAGCUUGUGUUGUUUUUCUUUCAUUUGGUCUUCUGUAUUCUUUCAGUUGGUGUGUUAAUUCUUUCAGCUUAUGUUGUUUUUCUUUCAUUUGGUCUUCUGAACAAAUGAAGACUAACUGAAAAAAGAUGAAGACUAACUGAAAAGCAAUGAAGACUAAUUGGAAAAAAAAAAUGAAGACUAACUGAAAAAAAAAAUGAAGACUAACUGAAAAAAAAUGAAGACUAACUGAAAAAAAAUGAAGACUAACUGGAAAAAAAAAUGAAGACUAACUGAAAAAAAAAUUAAGACUAACUGAAAAAAAAAUGAAGACUAAUUGAAAAAAAAUUAAGACUAACUGAAAAAAAAUGAACACUAACUGAAAAAAAAUUAGAAACUAAUUGAAAAACAUUAACUAAAUGAUGAUCAACUGAAAAAAAAAAUGAAGACUAACUGAAAAAAAAAUAAGACUAACUGAAAAAAAAAGUAAGACUAAUGGAAAAAAAAAAUUAAGACUAAUUGAUGUGGUCCGACCAGUUGUAUUGUGUCAGACGAGUCUGACACAAUACCUUCUCUUGAUUUUUUUGGUUAAAUUAUGGAGGGAAGAUAGGUUUUAAUGUUAGUAAACAUUGGGAAAACAAGAGUAAGAAGGAUGGAUUUGUAACAUCUAGAAAAAAAUUUAUGUGCAAAAGAUGAUUAACGACAUACCGUAGUCUUGACAAGCAGAUAACUUGACAAAAAAUCCUACAGGCGAAAGAAGAACAUGUUGGAAAGUUUGUUGGUAUCUCUUUAGAUAAGGUCAACGGGAAAUAUGGACUUCAAGAGCAACAUAUGAGUUCAAGUUGCACAUAUGGGUGGAACAUCCAAUCUUGGCUACACUGUUGAGGUCACAAAAAUUAGCUGAGUAAGCGCCAAAUA